AUGUCUAGCCCAGCAAAAGCACUGGAGCCUGCAUUUCAGGGAGCGGGGCAGAGAGUAGGGACUGAAAUCUGGAGAAUUGAAAACUUCCAACCAGUUCCUUUGCCUAAAUCUGAUUAUCGUAAAUUCUACUCUGGAGAUUCAUACAUUUUAUUGCAGACAAGUCCUGGCAAGGGAGGUGCUUAUCUUUACGACAUACACUUCUGGCUUGGAAAGGACACUAGCCAGGAUGAAGCAGGAACAGCAGCUAUCAAAACUGUUGAACUCGAUGCCAUUCUUGGUGGCCGUGCUGUGCAGCAUAGAGAACUACAAGGCCAUGAAUCUGACAAAUUCUUGUCAUACUUCAAACCGUGUAUCAUUCCGUUGGAAGGUGGCGUUGCAUCUGGAUUUAAGGAAGCUGAAGAAGAAGAAUUUGAAACUCGACUAUAUAUUUGUAGAGGAAAACGUGUUGUAAGAUUGAAGCAGGUCCCCUUUUCCCGCUCCUCACUCAAUCAUGACGAUGUUUUUAUUCUUGACACUAAAGGCAAGAUAUAUCAGUUCAAUGGUGCAAACUCCAACAUUCAGGAAAGGGCCAAAGCAUUAGAAGUAAUUCAAUAUUUGAAGGAAAAGUACCAUGAGGGGAUGUGUGAUGUUGCCAUUGUUGAUGACGGGAAAUUGCAAGCUGAAACAGAUUCUGGUGAAUUUUGGCUCCUCUUUGGCGGGUUUGCUCCAAUUGGCAAGAAGGUUGCUACUGAAGAUGAUAUUGUUCCAGAGAAGACCCCUCCCAAGCUUUAUAGUAUUAUCGAUGGUCAAGUAAAAGAUGUAGAUUGUGAGCUUUCCAAGUCAAGUUUGGAAAACAAUAAAUGCUAUCUGUUGGAUUGUGGUGCUGAGGUAUUUGUUUGGGUUGGCCGGGUAACACAAGUAGAGGAGAGGAAAGUUGCAAUUCAAGCUGCUGAGGAUUUUGUGGCUAGCCAAAAUAGACCAAAGUCAACACAUAUACUUCGGCUUAUUCAAGGUUAUGAGACCCAUUCAUUUAAAUCCAACUUUGACUCUUGGCCGUUGGGGUCAGCACCUUCGGUUGCUGAGGAGGGAAGGGGGAAAGUAGCAGCUUUCCUGAAGCAGCAAGGUGUUGGCGUCAAGGGAGCAAGCAAAAGUGCUCCUGUGAAUGAAGAGGUGCCCCCAUUGCUCGACGGAGGCGGAAAAAUAGAGGUUUGGCGUAUCAAUGGCAGUGCCAAAACUCCAGUUCCCGUUGAAGAUAUUGGGAAAUUUUUCAGCGGAGAUUGCUAUGUUGUCCUCUAUACUUACCAUUCUAAUGAUCGGAAAGAAGAUUACUACUUGUGUUGUUGGAUUGGAAAAGACAGCAUCGAGGAGGACCAAAAGAUAGCUGCCCAAUUGGCUACUACAAUGUGUAACUCAAUGAAAGGGAGACCAGUACAGGGUCGGAUACUUCAAGGAAAAGAGCCGCCCCAAUUCAUUGCCAUCUUUCAGCCAAUGGUCGACCUUAAGGGUGGCAUGAGCUCUGGUUACAAGAAUUAUGUAGCUGACAAAGGUUUGAAUGAUGAAACUUACACUGCCGAUUCUGUUGCACUUGUCCGGAUAUCUGGAACGUCUGUGCAUAACAACAAAGCUGUUCAAGUUGAUGCUGUGGCAACUUCAUUGAACUCGUAUGAGUGUUUUCUUCUGCAAUCUGGAUCUUCAAUCUUCAGUUGGCAUGGUAAUCAAAGUACCUUUGAGCAGCAACAGUUAGCUGCCAUAGUCGCAGAGUUUCUCAGGCCGGGAGUAACUGUAAAACAUGCAAAAGAAGGAACUGAGAGCUCAGCCUUUUGGUUUCCGCUUGGAGGAAAACAAAGUUACACCAGCAAGAAAGUAUCUCCUGAUGUUGUCAGAGAUCCCCACUUGUUUGCAUUCUCUUUUAAUAAAGGAAAGUUUGAGGUUGAAGAAAUUUACAACUUCGCUCAAGAUGACCUUUUGACUGAGGACAUAUUGAUACUCGACACACAUGCUGAAGUGUUUGUUUGGGUUGGUCAAUCAGUAGACCCCAAAGAGAAGCAAAAUGCUUUUGAAAUUGGGCAGAAAUAUGUAGACAUGGCUGCUUCAUUGGAGGGUUUGUCUCCAAAUGUUCCACUAUACAAAGUCACGGAAGGAAAUGAGCCAUGCUUCUUCACCACGUACUUUUCAUGGGAUCCUGCAAAAGCUAGUGCACAAGGAAAUUCAUUCCAGAAGAAGGUUAUGCUAUUCUUUGGGGCAGGUCACGCUGUGGAGGAGAAGUCGAAUGGGUCGAAUUCCGGUGGAAAAACUCAAAGAGCUUCAGCUUUAGCUGCUUUAAACUCCGCAUUUCAUUCGUCUCCAGUGCCAAAACCUGUUUCUGCCCCAAGAUCAGGAGGAAAAAGCAAAGGGUCACAAAGAGCAGCUGCAGUAGCAGCUUUAUCAUCUGUUCUCACUGCCGAAAAGAGUGGAUCACCUGAUGUUUCUCCAGUCCGGCUGAGUACAAGCCCAUCAGUAGAAGCCAGCCGUCCUGCCACAACAAAGAUCGGAAGUCCUCAAGAGGUUGAAAAUUCUAAAGAGUCUUCAGAAGUCAAGGAAACCGAGACAGUCGAGCCUUUUGUUGAGGCUAACGGAGAGGAGUCAGAACCUAAGCGAGAAAGGGAACAGUAUGAGAAUGACUCUGAAAGUAGUCAAACUAAGUUUCAUUAUGAGCAGCUGAAGGCUAAAUCUGACAAUCCUGUCACUGGCAUUGAUUUCAAACGAAGAGAGGCUUAUCUCUCGGAUGAAGAAUUCCAGGUCGUAUUUGGAAUUACAAAAGAAGCAUUCUAUAAGUUGCCCAAGUGGAAGCAAGACAUGCAGAAAAAGAAAUUCGAUCUCUUCUAG